AAUAAAUUGAUUUCAAAUUAAUAUUGUUGUAUACAUUGAAGGAAAGACCUGUUGAGCCCUUUUGCUGACGAACUGUGCACGAAAUAUUUUAUACAAUUGUUGGUUUCUUUUCGAGUUGUCAUGUUAGCUUCACUGACGAUAUUACAAACAUCUGGAGCGAAACGAUUCAAUGCACAGACACCAAUCUUCAGUGUUAUUCAUGCGUAACGAAUGUUUGCAAAUGUGGUAGUAGGCUAUUAUGACAUCGGCAGCUGUUUCUUAAUAAUCGUGACCGUUACUCGUUAUCUUAUUUUUACGUGUGUUUGCUAUCAUCUGUCCUAAAAAUUCCGAAAUUUUUGUUUGACAUCCUCUGUUUACAUCCUAAUGUCAUCAUCUUAUGUAAAAAAUACAAAGUCUUAUGUGUUUGUCAACGAAUCUUUAUUUUAUAAACAAGAGUAAUGAAAAUAUUAAAUAAUGGCUUGUGCUCCAAAUACAAACAUUUCUCGACGAAAUCCACAGGAUGAUUAUGAGUUAGUGCAAAGAGUUGGUAGUGGAACUUACGGCGAUGUUUAUAAGGCAAUACGGGUCAAAGAUGGAACUUUUUCAGCUGUCAAGAUUAUUAAACUGGAGCCAGGGGAUGAUUUUUCUAUCAUCCAGCAAGAAAUUUUAAUGAUGAAAUCUUGCAGACAUCCCAAUAUUGUUGCUUAUUUUGGAAGCUAUUUAAGACGUGACAAACUUUGGAUAUGCAUGGAGUAUUGUGGUGGUGGAUCACUGCAGGAUAUUUAUCACAUUACUGGGCCUUUAUCAGAACUUCAGAUUGCAUAUGCUUGCAAAGAAACUUUGAAAGGUCUUGAAUAUCUUCAUUCACUUGGCAUGAUGCACAGAGAUAUUAAAGGUGCCAAUAUUUUACUGACUGAUGAAGGAGAUGUGAAAUUGGCUGAUUUUGGAGUAUCUGCACAAAUCACUGCUACUAUAAGCAAACGCAAAUCCUUUAUUGGCACUCCUUACUGGAUGGCUCCUGAAGUUGCUGCUGUUGAAAGAAAGGGAGGUUACAACCAACAAUGUGAUAUUUGGGCUGUCGGUAUUACUGCCAUUGAGCUUGCUGAGCUUCAACCUCCCAUGUUUGAUCUCCAUCCAAUGCGAGCUCUUUUCCUUAUGUCUAAGUCUGGUUUUAAGCCUCCUACCCUCUCCGAUAAAGUUAAAUGGUCUCCAGUUUUUCAUCAUUUUGUAAAAGUUGCUUUGACCAAAAAUCCAAAGAAAAGGCCCACUGCUGAAAGACUUCUUCAGCAUCCAUUCUUGCAAGGAGAUUUAACUAAGCAGCUGGCAAAAGAACUGCUGGACCGAGUGAACAAUCCCCACCUUUCUUAUCCUGAAGAUGAUGAUGAUGGAAUAUUGCCUGAUGUACCUCAACGUAUUGCUUCAAAGAAACCAGCCAGAGACAAGCAAAGGACAAGGUCUGAGCUUCAUAUGGAAAGUGUAAAUUUUGAACCCCCGCUUCUCACAGCUCUUUCAACUUCAGCUGAUCAGAAUUCGGAAGAAUCUGCAGUUUCUGAAGCUUGGGGAAUAUCUGAGGAAUCCUCACAUAAUGAUGUAUAUGACUUACCUACUGCUUGGAUGGAGCAAGAUAAUGAUUUAGAAGUUAUACACAGAGAGAGAAUGUCUGGUUCUCCUGAAGUAGGAAAAGACCUUAAAUUUACUCAGCAGGCAACUUUACCAUUAAGCAGUAGGGAUGAAUAUGCUUCUGUAAAUAACAAUGUUCCUGAAAGUAGUGCAUCAGAUGUUCAAAAUAAUUUCAAUGAAAAUAACCAAAUGGAUACUUUAUCCAACCAAAAUGUCACUCAGUUGGAUGAUUUAGAGAGAUACAGAAUUGAAACUGAAAAUCGAAGUGAGUCUGUAUCGCAAGAAAGUACAUCUGAACCACCCACAUUAGAAAUAGAAAUUUCACCACCUGAAGUUCCACCACGUCCAAAAGACAAGAAAAAGACUCCCCCUAGACCUGUAUCUAAUGGUCUUCCUCCAACACCUAAAGUCCAUAUGGGUGCAUGUUUUUCCAAAGUAUUUAAUGGCUGCCCUUUGCAGAUUCACUGCACUGCCAGCUGGAUUCAUCCAGAAACUAGAGAUCAGCACAUUCUAUUUGGCUGUGAAGAAGGAAUCUACACAUUAAAUUUAAAUGAAUUGCAUGAUGCUACUGUUGAUCAGUUAUAUCCAAGGCGUACUGUCUGGUUGUUUGUAAUUCAAAAUAUGCUGAUGUCUCUUUCAGGAAAAUCACCUCAACUCUACCAACAUGAUUUAAUUCAGCUUUAUGCCAAACAAUCAAACAAGUUUUCUCUUCCAAUGAAUAAAAUACCUGAAAAGUUUGUUCCAAGGAAAUUUUCUGCCACUUCCAAAGUGCCUGAUACCAAAGGAUGUAAACGUUGCUGUGUUGGAAGAAAUCCAUAUAAUGGAUACAAAUAUCUAUGUGGGGCUUUGCGCAAUGGACUUUUUUUGAUGCAGUGGUACAAUCCACUAAAAAAAUUCAUGCUUUUAAAACAAGUUGAAUGUUAUAUCCCUGCAAAACUUGAAGUAUUUGAAAUGAUCAUCACUCCCGAUUUGGAAUAUCCUAUGAUAUGUACAGGAGUUAAAAAGGGAUAUGACAGGGGUCAUCUAGAUUUAGAAAUGAUUAAUUUGAAUUCUUCUGAAAAUUGGUUGAAUGAUGACUGGGAAGGGACUGAUACCAUAGUUCCUCGUCAUGAAACAAUGAAGAUUAUUAAUGUUACUCAAUUGGAAAAAGAUGCAAUCUUAGUAUGCUAUGAUAAUCUAGUCAGAGUUGUUAAUCUUCAGGGUAAACUGAAAUCAAGUCGAAGACAGCCUGCUGAAUUGGUGUUUGAUUAUAAAAUUGAAUCCAUAGUUUGUUUGACUGACAGCGUAUUAGCUUUUCAUAAGCAUGGUAUGCAAGGGAGAAGCUUCAAAAACAAUGAAAUGGUUCAAGAAAUAACUGAUCAUUCAAGGAUAUUUAGAAUGCUUGGUUCUGACAGGAUUGUUGUUUUAGAAAGCAGGCCAACCAAUGAACCAAAAAGUCCUUCAAACUUGUACAUAUUAGCUGGUCAUGAAAACAGCUAUUAAUGCUGAUGGCAAUCAUGUGUUCAGUAUUGUAAGACUGUGUCAAAUUCAUCCAUUUCAAAAGCAUGAUGCUGUUCUAAGCAUUGCAAAUCUUGAUGUUAUAAAACUACAUGAGUUUAAACACAUUGCACAUCAUACAGUCAUGUACACAGUGUAGAAAAUACUUUGUAGAAAUGAAUGUACAGUAUUUUUAUUGUGGAAUAGGAAAGAAUGUGUAUAGUGUGAAUCUUGUAAAUUAUUUUUAUGAUCCUUGUAUACAUGUGUUCCUGUAAUUUUAUUUAUAGAUUUUAUUGUUGAUUGUUAGAAAGAUGUUCUUAUAAAAAGAGUGUUUGAUGGUUGAAAUCUUUUUGAAUUAGUUUGGUUGCAUAUUUACAUUUCUUUCAUUUUUUUUUUUUAUACUGUGUUUCUUAAAAGAUGCGAGUAAAACAUUUCUUUUGCUUAUCUUUCUAUAAUCGCCAACUUAUAAACAACCAAAUAUAGUUAGAGUAUAUUUCUUUCCUUUCAGCAUUAAUUUCAAAACAUUUGGUGUUGCUCAUUAUUUAUUGCCAAACGAAUCCAAGUAAAAAGAAAAAAAAAAAUCAUGAAAAUAAUUUCUGCAUAUUUUCAUAAUUAAUUUUGGUAUCUCAACAGAAUAAUCAACAAAAUAAAAUUAUUGAGAUUUCAUCUUUCACUUCGAUUUUAUCUUUUAAAAAGGAUAAAAAGCAUUUUUUUUUAAAUAAUGAUAAAAUAACAUGUUUUUUAAACAUUUUGCAAGAUAAUCAUAUUUCAUACUUAGGUGUUAAUGUAAUUUAUUUCAAUAUUAUAAAGAAAAAGAAAAUGAUUAGAAAUUGAUUUGCAUAAUGUCGUUAACUUUCUUUUAUAGAGCUUCUUAGUUAUGCAGUUCAGUUUCAUGAGCAACAUAUUAAAAUGGCAUCUAAGUAGUGAUUUAAAUAGUCCGUCAUUGAUGACUUAAUAACUGAUGUUAAGUUUAAAAAAAAUCAUAUUUUCUUGGUGCAAUUUUAUUAUUUUAUAAUUGCAGUUUAUUUUUUGUUAUUAGUAGGAGUGUUUCUGUGUGAUAUAUUGACUGAUAAAGUAUUUAUAAUCUCUUUCACCCUUUUGACAAAAAUAGUUCUAUUUCCAUGAAAAAAAAUUCAAUGUAAUAUUGCUUUAAAACAACAAAAUUGUUAUCCCACAAAUAUUAUCCCCUAAAAUGUCCUUGUACAUUUUUUUUUUCUUUUUUUUAAUAUUUAGAUUUUUUACCAUUCAGAUUUCUUUGCAAAAGAAACUUAAUAUAUUUCUAUCUUCAAAGUAUAAAUUUUAAAAAAAAGUUAUUUGUUUAAAAAAUUUUUUUAAUUAAUAAUAUAUUUUUAUAUUUCUAAAAAGAAAAACUAUUUUGAAAAAAUUGAAGAAAGACAUAAAAAAAAUGAAGCUGCAAUCUUGAAUGAAGGUUAAAAUUAUAAAAUGUUCAUUUUUUAAUAAUAUAUGUAUGUAUUUUAAGUCUCGUAAUGAUUUAAUGAAUUGAAAAUUUUCAAUAUUUGUUUUAAAAGGCUUUCUUUCUAUUAUUUCCAAUUAUUUUUCUUGAAUUAUUGUUGAUUGUCUUUCAUCAGUUAUUGCAUACAAAGUAUUUUUAUCAUUGAUAAAUAUUUUAUUUCCCCUAAGUCUAUAUAUUCCAAAUCUCAUAUUCAUAAAAUUUUGAUUAUGCAGAGAGUUUUUUGGAAAAAAUUUAUAUCAACCAAAAAUUCUCUAUGAAUGGCUUUAUGGGGGGGGGGGGGUUCACCAGUAAUUUUUAUUAAAUCCUAUAACUAUUUUAAUAUUUAAUAAAAAUAACACUUGUAUGUAAUAUAUAUACACAAAUGUAAUUGUUUUAAAUUUUAUUUUAAAAUACUUACAAUAUUGCAGGUUUUUUUGGGGUGUUUUUUUAAGACACUGUUAAAUUAUUGUGGUUUAAAAUUUAUUUUUAUUUAUGACACAAUACUUUCCAUCUUUUGAUACUUAAAAGUUGGGGUGAAUUUAUUGUUUAAAAGUUAUAAUAACAAUACAUUUUAGAAGUUAUAUUUGGGUUUGUUGUUGUUGUUUUUUUCACUUUAAUAAAAAAAAAAUAUUUUUGAUUAGUUUUGUUAUUAAUAAUUUAUUAGAAAUUUAAUUUUUUGAAUUACAAAGAAUAUUGCUCUUUAUUUUAUUGGAAAUUUUAUUUAUUAAUUUCUGAUUAAGGUUUUCUAUAUUAAUUGUUUAUUGUGUAUAUUUCCAUUUAAAAAAUAAAAGUAAUAUGCCUUUCUUUAUUUGGAAAAUUUUUUCUUUUUCUUUUAAGUUGGGAUGAAGUUGGAUUUGCUUUUAAGUUAGGUGGUUGGAUGUUAUAGAUUUUCAUUACCUUUUACAAAUUUUGUAGAAUUUGCAGAAUAUUUUAUCUAAUAUGCAGUGCCUGAACAUAGAGCCAAACUUGUAAAUCUGUGUGUUCCAUUUUCCCAAAAAUAAAAUAUUCUUACAGUUAGUAAUUUUUCUCUAUUCUGUCGAUUAUAAUAUAUAGACAAAUAGUUUUUAUAUGUAUUUUUUCUAAGGUAAUCACUUAUUAUUGAAUAUAAAUGUAAAUUUUCUUUAAAAAACCAUUUUAGAAAGUUUGGACAAAAUUAUAGUGUUGCCUAAUGUACAUUAUUGUAAUGUAACUUACUGAAUGAUUUUGUAUGGUAUGUGGAUCUAUCUCUCAUGACUUUUACAUUUCAUGUAAAUUUUAAUUGCAGAUAAUUUAUAUGUUUUUAGAGUCACAAUAAAAUUUUAAAUGAUAAUUAUCACUAGAAGAACAUUUAAGACUGUCUAACAACUUCAGCUGUGCAUUAAUAUGUAAAGCAACUAAGUCAGAACUAUAUUGAUUGAAGCCAUCCUACUCCACUAUUUUUUUACUGAUGAAAGUUUCCUAGCGUUUCUAAUAAAAGGUUGCGCAUUUAAAAUUUGCUUUUAGAACAUGAAAAGCAAUAAAGUAUUGAAAAAGUUGUAGUAUUUGCUGCUUCAUUUGUGAAUAAGCAUGAAACAGUUUGCAACAGUUAAGCCAAAAAAAUUUGCCAUCAAAUAUAUGCAUGGUAAAUGGUUAGGUAAAUCUACAGAAUUUUGAAAUUAGUUGGUAAAACUGUGUUCAUAAAAAUCGAUAAAAAUAGUCAACAGUAUUUUCUUUCUUUGUUUUCCUUUUUUGUUAACAUCAAUUUAGUAUUAUAGUACAACAGGUAAGUUGUACAUUAUCUUUCAAAAAAGUUUCUAAGUAUUUAUUUUCAUUUUUGACAACUAUUUUACAAAAUGCUUUUGUUUUGUGCCAACAUUUUUAUUGUAAUUUUUAUAAAUCUUCCCUUGUGGUAUAUUUCUU